AUGUCAAGAGAAAAGAUAUAUGGUGUACAUCCGUCAGAGCGUAGUACACGUUUAUUACGUGUUAAAGUCUUACGAGCAACUGAUCUACAACGACGAGAUUUUCUUGGUGGAACUGGUGAUCCAUAUGUUAAAAUAUCACUUCAAUCAAAUGAAAAUCGUACUACAAUAAUUGAUACUGCACGUACACGUGCAAUACCAAAAACACUCAAUCCAUUAUGGAAUCAAGAUUUUAUUUUUCGCGUUGAUCCAAGUAAACAUCGACUUGCAUUAGAAAUAUACGAUCAAAAUAAACUUACAAAGGAUGAAUUUCUUGGCAUGUUUUUUGUUGAUUUAAAUACCAAUAUUCCAUAUGAAUCUGCUGAACAACCAUUGCUAACAAAAGAUUAUUCAUUAUUAAAACGCAGUGUUCUUCAACGUGUUCGUGGUACUGCAACAAUAGGAUUAGCUUAUAUAAAUCCGGGUACAACAUUAUUAGGAUCAGGAUCUACAGAAACUGACAAUAAUCAACAGAAUGAAUCUGGCUUUGAAAUUAUUCAUCACCGUGAUAUACCUGAAUCAUUAACUGAACAACCAUUACCUCCUGGAUGGGAAGAACGAAAAGAUGCAAGUGGUCGAACUUAUUACGUUGAUCAUAAUACCCGUACAACAACUUGGGCUCGUCCAAAUGAACAAGCUACUGCUACUUCCCAGCGACCUCAACCACAGGUUGGUGAUCGACGUCAAGUUGAUGAUAUUGAUUCAAAUAAUUCCCAAACAAGUACACCAACAACUCCACGAGCUGCAGCAACUCAUACUGUUGUCAGUUCAUCCGAUGAACUUGGUUCAUUACCAUCUGGUUGGCAAAUGUCCAAAACAGAAAAUGGUCGUGCAUUUUUUAUUGAUCAUGCUAGUAAACGAACAACAUGGAUUGAUCCACGAACUGGUAAACCAAGUCCAUCACCAGAUGUACAACGUGAACUUAAUCAAAAUGGACCAUUACCAGCACAGUGGGAAGUGCGAACAUUACCUGAUGGUCGUGUUUAUUAUAUUGAUCAUUUAAACAAAACAACAACUUGGACUGAUCCACGUAUAGCGGGACCGACUGUACCAUAUUCACGUGAUUAUGAAGCUAAAUAUCGUUUAUUUCGUCAUCAUUUACCACGACCGAAAUCAAAUGUUGGCAAUCAACUUGAAAUACAUGUCAAUCGAAAAGAUAUUAUGGAAACAUCAUUUCGAGCUGUUAUGGGUGUUAGAGAUACAGAAGCAUUAAAAACACGACUUUGGGUUGUAUUUGAUGGUGAACGUGGUUUAGAUUAUGGUGGUGUAAGUCGUGAAUGGUUUUUAAUGCUUUCACGUGAAAUAUUCAAUCCAUAUUAUGGUCUAUUUGAAUACAGCACUCUAGAUAAUUAUACUCUUCAAAUUAAUCCAUUUUCCGGUUUAUUUAAUGAAGAACAUAUAAAAUAUUUUCGUUUUAUUGGACGUAUUAUUGCAAUGGCUAUUUAUCAUGGAAAAUUACUUGAAGCAUUUUUCAUUCGUCCAUUCUAUAAAAUGUUACUUUCAAAACCGAUUACACUUGCUGAUAUGGAAUCUGUUGAUCGUGAAUAUUAUCAAUCAUUAAAAUACAUUCUUGAAAAUGAUCCAACAGAAUUAGAUCUUUAUUUUGUUGUUAGUGAAGAAGUACUUGGUGAAUUACGCGAACAUGAACUUAAACCUGAUGGUCAACAUAUACAACUAACUCAACAAAAUAAACAAGAAUAUAUUGAUUUGGUUAUUAAAUAUCGAUUUAUACAACGAAUAGCAACACAAAUGAAUACAAUAAAACAAGGUUUUCAAGAUGUACUACCACUGGAUAGUAUUAGAAUGUUUGACGAAAAAGAAGUUGAACUUUUAAUCAGUGGUCUUGGAGAAAUCAAUAUCAAUGAUUGGCGAACAUAUACAAUGUAUAAAAGUGGUUAUACACCCGACAAUACAGUUAUACAAUGGUUUUGGAAGGCUAUUGGAUCUUUCAAUACCGAAGAACGUACUCGUUUCCUUCAAUUUGUAACUGGUACAUCUCGAUUGCCAAUGAAUGGUUUUCGUGAAUUGUGGGGUUCUUCUGGUCCACAAUUAUUUACUAUUGAAAAAUGGGGCGAUCGAACAAAAUUACCACGUGCUCAUACAUGCUUUAAUCGUCUUGAUCUACCACCUUAUGAAAAUUAUCAAGAAUUACGUCAAAAAUUGCUUCAAGCAAUGGAAAUGAGUGAAGCAUUCGAAGGUGUUGAUUGA